UAUCACUAUACAUUUAUUCUUUUCGAUGAUUUCUCUCACUAUAUAUACACAAACUUGUUCACUCUGAAGGAUAGCACAGAAAAUUACCAGAGCUAAACUGUCUUGCACAUCCUUUCACCCUGAGUGACGCAGUAAUUUGGAGUGUAAAGUUUACUACUAGUACGCGUACUCCUCAAGAACACCUUGUUGGCCGGCGGCGACUACGCAUGGCGGCGGACGGCGGCGCGCUGAAGCGGCUGUUCGAGAAGCCGUUGCCGGAGAACCCGACGCUGCUGGAGGCGCUGUCGGCGUGGAACCACACCCACCGCAAGAAGCUCGUCGACCCGGCGUCCUUCACCGAGAUCUUCGGCGAGCUCCACUUCCAGGAGAAGCCGCCCGUCGUCGACUCCCUCGCUCGCGCCGCCGCCCGCCCCUCGCCGUCGCCGCCGCCUCCGCCCCCGCCACGCCGCACGGUGUCAUGGCUCGACAUCACCGACGCCGCCACCGCCGACAACGACAACGACAAGAGCAAGGAUGACUCCUCGCUCGACGCCCUCCUCAAGCCGCCCAGGCCGGCGAGCGGCGGCGCCACCGUGAAGCGGAGCGCGAGCUUCUGCCUCAAGAGCUCGACGUCGCUGCUGCUCUGCACCGAGGGGCUCGGGUCGGAGAGCACCGUGGACGCCGACGACAUGGUCAAGGACGGCGACGGCAGCGGCGCCGUCGUCGACAGCGGGAUGGACGUGGACGACGACGCCAGCGACGUCGCCGCCGCCGUGGCGGGCGACGACGCCUUCGGCGCCGGAGGGAAGGAGAAUCGGCCGCCGCCGCCGCCGCCGUCGUUCCCGCCGCCGAUACGGUCGAUCGGGCGCGGCGGGAAGCCGAGUGUGUGCUUCCGGUCGGUGCGCGCGGAGGGGAGGUUCGUGCUGAUGGAGGUGGUCAUCCCCGGGAAGGAUCUCCUGCGGGCGACUCGCGAGGGCGGCCGCCUCAGGCUGCAGUUCUCCAACGCCGCCGCCGCCGCCGCCGCCGCCGUCGGCGUCAUCGACGACGAGGAGAUGCAUGGACAAGAAGCAGCAGCAUGCGUAGGCGGCGACACGUUCGCUUAAUUAACUCCUAUUAUAAUCUAUUAUUCUUGUGCUAACUAAUUUGGUCAAGAAGCACUAAUUAAACAUACUUGUGAUGCAUAUAUAUGAUUUCAUAUACAUACAAUACUUUGUCAGGUCAUAGGAACAUGUCGCUCUGUACAAUAAGAAUGUACGAUCUGACCUGAAUAUCAAAGCAGUGAAAGAUCUAGAAAAAGUUUAAGAGGCUAGAUAAAUUUUGUUUUAUCAAGUGUUUGCUAUGAAAUUUUCUUUCCAAUUCAUAAGGAACAUUUCAAUUC